AUGGCAAAAUCCAACAAACCUAACAAAUCCAUCAAACCUAAGAAAGCCACCAAACCUAAGAAAGCCACCAAACCUAAAAAAGCCGCCAAACCUAAAAAAGCAACCAAACCUAAGAAAGCCAACAAACCUAAGAAAGCCACCAAACCUAAGAAAUCCAUCAAACCUAAAAAAGCAACCAAACCUAAGAAAGCCAACAAACCUAAGAAAGCCACCAAACCUAAGAAAUCCAUCAAACCUAAGAAAGCCACCAAACCUAAGAAAGCCAACAAAGCUAAAAAAGCCACCAAACCUAACAAAAGCCACCAAACCUGA